GUCGCCCUUGGACAGGCUUGGACACUACUACUCGGCUCACAAUUGACCAUAACACCCAUCGUAUCUCGUAUGUCUCAACCACCCUUGCCAGACGGCUGGAUUCAGGAGUACGACCCUCAGCAGAAGCACCCAUUCUGGGUUGAUACAACGGCAGACCCACCACGAGCAAUAUGGGUGCACCCCUACGAAGACGAGCAAUUCCUUUCUGAGAACCCAGGUAUCAAAGCAAAAGUGGAGAAGCUCAGAGCACCGUUGGCAGAUCCCCCUCCGUACGAAAAGCGACGCCAUUCAUUCAGCGCUGGAGAGACGGCUGCCUCACUCCACGCCGAUGCCAUGUCUUCUGGUAGUGCAGGCUCGCCACCAAUUGACGAACAUCAAGAGGAGCGAAAGCGCGGGAUGUUCGGGAAGUUGAAAGAUAAGGCUAUUGGUACGAAGGAAGAGCGGGAGGCACACAAGAAACAAAAGGCUGAAGAACGUGCGCGAGACGAGGAGCUGCGUCGUGAGGCACGGAGACGAAAUUUAGAGCAACGUGCUGCCUACAUGCAGCAAAAUGGUGGUUAUCCACCGUAUGGCUAUGGUUACCCAGGCUACUCGGGCGGCGGCUAUGGUCCGAGUCAGUAUGGCCCACCUGCAGGAGACCCAUAUGCAUACAAUGACGGUCGGUAUGGAAGAGGAAGUCGGAGAGGAGGAUUUGGAGGGGGAAUGGCAUUACCUUUGUUGGGUGGAUUGGCAGGCGGACUUUUACUUGGAGAUAUGCUUGAUGGAGGAUUUGGUGGUGGUGGAUUUGGCGGUGGUGGAUUUGAUGGAGGAUUUGGUGGUGGCGGUUUCUUCUGAUCCUAUAUACCAGCUUGUCAACGUGAACAUUGUAAGACUAAUAACAUGAACAUUCGGAAAUGUGGGAAAUUG